CCCACACCCCUCUGCCAGCUGCCAUCUUUCCCUUAUCGCCUCUCUCUUUCGGUUUCGGGCUUUCCAUGUGGUAGUUUCUUUCUUUUUGCCAAAUGUCAAGGCCCAGGCCAAAAAGCCUCUACCGUCUGUAGACACACCCCUCUCGUUCUAUCCUCAUCGACCCGGCCAAGCUAACAGCCCAGGCCUAGGCGCUGCUACAGCGAGCACAACCGCUAGUCAUCCCCUUGUCAUGCUCCUUUGCCCGUAUCGCUUUGCACCACUGGUGCACUGCCGGUGUCGCAUCUCUUAUAUAGAUAAAAUCCGCAUCCACGCCUGCUCCCACUCUUAAACUCCCUUUUUGUCCUAUUCUCUUUUCUUCGUCUCCUUCCACCUCCCUCCCCUCGCGCGGAUUUCUUUCUGCUUGGUCGUUUCAUCAUCUACGGCGAUUGUUUUUAAGCUCAAGGGCCUACCUGGCUUCCCCUCGCCUUAUCUACACUCCAAUUCUCUUGAAAAUCUGUCGGAACUAUUGCUUAAUAAAAAUAUUCACAAUGGCUCCUUCCAUUUUAGGCACUGAGAUGCCUAGGAAGAGAUCAGACCCUGAGAUUGGCAAUGACUCUACAACACACAACCUCAAUCAACCAUUUCAGUCCGGUGAUCAGGCUUUCAUUAUCAUCUGUGCCUGUCUGGUUCUCCUCAUGGUACCCGGCGUUGCUUUCCUCUACUCGGGUUUAGCCCGACGCAAGUCCGCCCUGUCCAUGCUCUGGGUUGUCAUGAUGUCCUUCAGCGUCAUCGUUUUCCAAUGGUAUUUUUGGGGCUUUUCCUUGGCUUUCAGCACAACUUCCAACAACGGCUUCAUUGGUGAUCUUACACACUUCGGUCUCAGACAAGUCCUCGGCAGCCCUUCGGUGGGCUCAGCACUGAUCCCCGCGCUUCUCUACUCUUUCUACCAGAUGAUGUUCUGUGCUGUUACGGCUUGUCUCACCAUCGGAGCCGUUGCGGAGCGUGGCCGUGUCGUUCCAGGUAUGGUUUUCACUUUCUUCUGGGCAACCCUGGUGUAUUGCCCGCUGGCAUUCUGGGUAUGGAACCCCAACGGAUGGGGCUUCAAAAACGGUAUUCUCGACUAUGCUGGCGGCAUUCCCGUCGAAAUAGGUUCUGGCCUCUCUGCUUUUGCCUACUCUUGGGUCCUUGGCCGACGAAACGAACGAAUGAUGAUGAACUUUCGACCGCAUAACAUCUCGCUUAUCACACUCGGAACGAUUCUGCUCUGGUUCGGAUGGCUGGGAUUCAAUGGUGGUUCUGCAUUUGGUGCCAAUCUGCGUGCUGUCAUGGCUUGCUGGAACUCAUGCCUUACGGCCAUGUUUGCCGCUAUGACUUGGUGCCUUCUUGAUUUCCGCCUGGCUAAGAAAUGGUCUAUGGUCGGUUGGUGCUCUGGCACAAUCUCUGGUCUCGUUGCUGCCACCCCUGCGUCUGGUUUCAUCGACCCAUGGGCUAGCAUCAUACUUGGCAUCGUGGCUGGUUUAUGUUGUAACUUUGCUACCAAGAUCAAGUUCCUGGUUGGCAUCGAUGACUCUCUGGACGUGUUUGCCGAGCAUGGCAUUGGUGGCAUGGUUGGUCUCAUCUUCAACGCUUUUUUUGCCAGCAAGGCUGUUAUUGGUCUCGAUGGUGUGAAUAUCAACACUGAAGUCACUAGCGGGUUCAUUGAUGGAAACUACGUCAUUAUUGGAUGGCAGAUUGCUGGCAUCGUUGCUUCGUCAGCGUACGCCUUCGUCAUGUCCGCAACUAUCGCAAAAAUCAUUGACAUCAUCCCGGGUUUGAAACUCCGUGCCUCGGAAGAAGCUGAGCUUCUCGGUAUGGAUGACGAUCAGCACGGCGAAUUCUCCUACGACUACGUCGAGGUUCGCCGCGACUUCCUUGCCUGGAGCCCUCAUCGCGAGGACCCUGCCGGAGACGGUGAGAUCAUUGAGCCACAGCAUGGUAUUGCUGAGCAUGCUAGUUUGGUCCGACCUGCUAGCUCUACAAUGCUCCCCGUUGAGAAGACAUCUACUAGCCCCUCUUCGGUUCGCGACUUCAGAGAGAACCACGAGAACACAGACGUCGCGUCGAUGAGGUCGUCGGCGCAACAAUCGGAAAAGCGUGAUUAAAAUCUGCUUCAUCUCCUGCAUUUGCAUUUGCAUAUGAUUAUUUUGAGGGUUCUUUUUGCAUUAUAUGUUGUUCUAAUUCUUACAAAGACUCAUGUCCGCACAAGUUUUGGUGGACGAUAUUGGAAGCGGGU